UAGAAAGUCAGAGAAAUCGAGAAAACUGCCGAUGGUGUCGAGUCGGAACACUCAAUGAUCAUCAUCGCUGUAUCGCGGCGGAAUGUAAAUAGUGGUACACUUCCGGCAAGGCACGUGUGGUUUUGAAUUCAUGCUUCUCUGGUACCACAUGCAAGAAAAUAAUUUCAGUCGGGUGCUGCGUGCAAAGAGUGAGAUGCUGAUAGGCCUAUGUCACUUUUUUUUUGCAGGGAAGGUGGCUGGGAGGAUCUAAGUACUGUAACUUUACAUCUCUUGCGCUUGCUUGCUGUAAGACGUUGUUCAGAAUGGUUUUCUUCACUUGUAAUGCGUGUGGAGAAUCUAUAAAGAAAAACCAAGUAGAAAAACAUCUAAACAGUUGUAGGAAUUGCCAGUGCUUGUCUUGUAUUGACUGUGGCAAAGACUUCUGGGGGGAUGAUUACAAAAACCAUCUAAAGUGCAUCAGUGAAGAUCAGAAGUAUGGUGGAAAGGGCUAUGCAGCCAAGUCUAAUAAAGGUGAUGUGAAACAGCAACAGUGGAUUCAGAGAAUCCACGAAGCAAUGAAUAAACCAGAUAUCACCCCAAAAGUGCGUGGCAUACUGAAGGAAGUCAGUUCGUAUGACAAUGUGCCAAGGAAAAAAGCCAGGUUUCAGAACUGGAUGAAGAAUAGUCUAAAGAUCUUCAAUACAGCUUUGCAUGACCAGGUGUGGGAAAUCUUUUCUGCAGCAACCAGUAAUGCCCCAAGCCAGUCCGAACUGCAGCCUAGCACAGGGGGGCAGCCGGAAGAAGAUCACAGUAAGGCGGACACUCCAGUGACAGAAGAUGAAACCUCUGCAAAAGAAAAAAAAAAGAACAAGCGAGAGCGCAAAGAGGAAAGACAAAAGAAGAGCAAGAAAGAGAAAAAGCAAUUGAAACUGGAAAGCCAAGAGGAGGAUGGAGAAAAUAGUAAGACCAAAAAACACAAAGCUGAAAAUGGAGCCACGGAGGGGGAUGCUGAAAACGGCGAAAGAAAGGGAAAGAAAAACAAAAAGAAAGUGGCUUCCGAUGAGGUCAUGAGAGAAAACGGAAACGACGAUCGGCACGAAACCAUGACGAGCAGCAAGAAGUGCAAGAAGCGCAAACAUGAAAGUUCUGAAGAUAAUCCAAAAUCAAAACAUAUGAAGGUGGAAAUUGCCGAAGAAGUAGAAUGUGACAGCGAACACAAAGGUAAAUUCAGUUGGAAAGAAACCAUACAAGCUGUCUUGAAACAGUCCCCAGAAAAUGAAAUUUCAAUAAAAAAACUCAGAAAGAAGGUCCUGGCUGAGUAUUACUCUGUGAAUGGAGAAGACAACCACAAGUCUGAAGAAAAACUACUUUCACUAUUCAACAAGAAAAUUAGCAGCAAUCCUAAGUUUAGAGUUUUGAAAGACAAAGUGAAACUUGUAAAGUAAUCGCAUGAGUAUUCACCAUUUCGCUAGAUCACCAAAAAAACUUCGCCUGAUGUUUUCCAUGUCAUUUCCCAGCUUGUUGUUUUUAGUUUUAUAACUGAAUGAAAAUUUGGAAAUGUGUAGGUAAAAUAUCCCUCAGCAGCUAUUGUGUAAGUCUUGUUUAAAAUACAUUUUAUCAUUCUCUUUUCUUUUUUUUUCAAAAGUGUUUUUAAUUGAAUGUUUCUAAACUGAAAUGUCAUGCAUGGAUUUAAACACUUUUGUUGCCAAAAUACAAUGAAAUACAAUGUCCAGUUCCCUUUAGAAAGCUAAACAGAUGCAGUUAUUGUAUUCUAACCAAUCUCUGUUUUGGCAGGCAGAGUGAGCUGCGGCACCAUCUUCCAUAAAAAUACUGCCCUCUUUAGAGAUGACAAUUAACUUAGACUGGCAGAAGUCCCUCUUGGAGAAUGUUGAUGUAUCGGGCAGAAGUUAUAGUAUUCUUAUGGAAGAUGGUGUUCCAGUUGACACCCCCUGUGCAAAGCAAAGAUGGGAGAGAGUCAGGGCAUCACAACUCUGCCAGGGCUUGGCUAGUCACUGGACAUGAACCCCAUUGUGCUCGUUUAGGCUAUCCUCAACCCAGUAAACCCACUUCCUAGGACGCCCAAAUGCAGUUUCUGUGCCAGGUAUGGGCUGCAGUCCCAUAGAUCUCAUUGCUUAAGGCCAAGGGCUGUACCACAAAGUAUUCAUCCCACCUGUAUUUUGCCAGUGCUGUGUAAAGAUCCAGAAUACAUUUUUUUUUCUUUUCAAA